AUGUCCGCGACUACAGCCACGGCCGGCUCCAAGCCAAAGCGUGCGUAGGCAGGAUCGCUUUGGCUGGAGAUGCGUGUAUUGCGAUGAAGGGUGCAAUGUUAAAGGAGGUCUUUGUGCGGGUGCUUGGUCUCAGGGCAGCCAAUGAUCAGCGAUGCUGCCUCUCCAUCAGGCUUGUAUGCGCAGCAUGCUGAAAGAGAGCGCACUCCACGAGCACACAGAGAGGGACUGGACGCAGGCGAUGUGACCAUAGGCCAUCCAGACAGCGCGUUGCCUUUUUUGGCUGCUUGCACGAGCCCCCUCGUCUGUAUUCUGCGUCUGCUUUGCAAUCUUGCUGACCGCCUCUGUGCCUCUUGCCGUCACGCCGUAACCGCAGCGCUCCCAUUCUAUGCCCAAUUCUCUGCGGGUGCCAUCGCAGGAGUGACGGAGCUGCUGUGUCUCUAUCCUCUCGGUGCGUGUCGUCUCCCCCUCACUCAGCGCGAUCCUCCCUUUGUGCAUGGAGGCCUAAGGCAAUGUCCUCCUCGCAUCUCCCCCCAUUCAUGCAGAUGUCGUCAAGACGCGCAUUCAGCUUCAGAACUCCAGCACGCCAGCUGCGGACAGGUACAAUGGCAUGAUGGAUGCUUUCAAAAAGAUCAUUGCAAGCGAAGGGUGAGUGGGCAAAAGUGCAGGCAAGAUGAACCGUGCGAGUAGAAGGCAGCUCGUCGUCGAAAUGCAGUAGAGGUGUAUGCAUGGGCAACGCAUGGCAUACGCUGCCUGUCGGCCUGUCGCUCCAAGGAGCGGUGCAAUGUUACAGACAUUCUAAUAAUGCCGCUAAUCAGAUGCUGAAUGUGGACCCAAUCUUUCAUCUUGAAACAGUGCGGGACGCCUGUACCGUGGCCUCGUGCCUCCUCUCAUGCUCGAAGCUCCCAAGCGAGCAGUCAAGUUCGCGUAAGUCCGCAGCUCUUUGAUACGCAGCUAGCUCUGAUCUGACUGAUGCAUGCCUUCCUGUUGCAUUCUCCCUUUUGCUCGCUCAGCGCCAACGACUACUGGGGCAAGACAUUCAGAGGCAUCGCGGGACAGGAAAAGUCUAGUCGGGGCAUCGCUACAUUGACUGGGUGCGCUGCCGGAGCUACGGAAAGUGUGGUCGUCGUGCCCUUUGAGCUGGUCAAGAUCAGAUUGCAGUGAGUGCGAGCUCAAAGAGUGCUCCGAUCCAAACGAUCAGCCAGCCCCUCAUACACUGCUGCUGCUGAUCCUCAAAUCAGGGACAAGGCGCAAUCCCAUCUCUACACCGGACCCAUGGACGUAGUUGGAAAGAUCGUCAAAGCAGACGGUCUGCUGGGUCUCUAUGCUGGUCUCGAAUCCACCUUUUGGAGGCAUGUGCUGUGGAAUGGCGGUUACUUUGGAGUGAUACAGUCCACGAGAGCGAUGAUGCCCCCAGCAGAGAACAAAGCACAAGAAUUGCGGAACAAUUUCAUCUCCGGUGCUAUUGGUGGAUUUGUUGGAACUGCACUCAACACUCCUGCUGAUGUGGUAAAGAGUCGAAUCCGUGAGUCUGUGCGCAUAUGCCGCAGUCUCCUCUGGCAGGUUGCUGACAUGCCCACCGACUGCUCUCUCAUCAGAGAAUACACCCAACGUUCCGGGUGUUCCUCGCAAGUACAAUUGGACCUUUCCUUCCAUGGCUCUAGUCGCCAGAGAAGAAGGCUUUUCGGCCCUCUACAAAGGCUUCACACCAAAGGUGCUGCGGUUGGCACCCGGAGGUGGUGUGCUACUGCUCGUCGUCGAGGUGAGUUUGAGUUCAGGGCCGUGCUCGCAUUUUACAUUGCUGAACUGCCAUGUCGGCUCAUGCUCUCGACUAACGCGCAGGUCGUAUUGGAGCAGUGGAGAAAUAUUCUCGGACCACCCUACAAGUAG